CUGCAUCACCAUUAAUUCGGAAGGAUUCAGCGUAUAAGUACCCCUAGUGUUCACCUCUCUUCUGCUUCAUCUCCUCGAUCCAUUUCGAUCUCCCCAUACUCAUCUUCCGUUUCAGCAUUCAAAUAAUUAAGAUGGGGGCUUCUAUACUGGUCAUCACGGUAGACCUGAAAUGCUGCCGCUGCAGGGCGAAAAUCACCAAGGUCCUGGACUGCCUCAAAGAGGAGUACUGCAUCGAGAAGACGGAGUUCGAGGAGAAGGACGACAAGGUGAUCGUGCGCGGCAAGUUCGACGCCGGCAGCCUCCGCAACAAGAUCUGCUGCAAGGCCGGCGGCAAGGUCGUCAAGGACAUCAAGACCGUCGACGCUUGGCCGCCGCCCAAGGAGCCGGAGAAGAAGAAGAAGGACGAGAAACCGGUGUGCAAGCUGGUGCCGUUCCCGGUGCCGUACCCAGCGCCGCCGCCGCCGCCGGCGUGCUGCCCGCCCAGUACCCAUCAGUGCUACCACUGCUGCCCCGCGCCGCCGAAGCCGAAGCCGAAGCCGUGCGAGUGCACCCACCACUGCGGCGGCCAUGGCGGCGGCUGCAAUAAACCUGCAGUCUCGCCGUGCGGCGGCGGGUGUUCGAUCAGCGACGGCGGCGCCUGUGGCGCCAGCUGCAAGCCGCCGCCGCCGCCGGCGGCGAUCUGGCCGCCGCAGCCUAGCUUCUACUACUACCCGCCGCCGCCGUGUGGGGGCUACAAGUUCGCCUGCGAGGAGAACUCCGACGUGUGCGUCAUCAUGUGACCAAAUUAAUUAAGCUGUUGCUUAAUUUGACGUCGACGGUGCUUCGUUCUUUGCCUCGGAAGUCGGGAUAAUGACGUCAUCUGUGUAUAUACGUAGUACGUACGUAUUGCUGUACCUGUAAUUGUUGUUAUGUAUGUAAAAUUCAGUACUAGUCCCUGCUAUAUACAGUUCUAAAAAAAAGUCCCUACUAUACAUAUAUAUAUACACUAUAUAUAGUACAAAACAAGAACGAUUUCCAAUAUGGUCAUGUCUAUAAGUGACCGUGUUAUUUCGAAUAUAUGGUUAUUAGUUUGUGUAUAUAUGUAAUUUUUCCUUUUGCUUUGAACCAAUAAAUAAUGCACCUAUUGCUUA